UAUAAACAAUAAAACUGCAAUUGGUUUUAUUUAUAUUUUAAUAAUAAUUUGUUUUUAUUUCUGCACAAGAAAGCUCUGCUCUCAUUUGAACACGACGCUGUUUGCCAUUUUCGGAAACCUUUCUUCAACCCAGCUCGCUCGACAUUAUCCAGUUUGCGACGGCCAACGAUUUUUUCCGAUGGAUACAACAGACGGAAGGCGCAGAAUUUCAGUUGGUCCAACCGAGAUUAAUUGGGACAAGCUUGAUAAAAUGAAGUUCUACUCAGUCGGAGCUGGAAUAUUCACCGGAAUUACAGUGGCGCUCUAUCCAAUUUCAGUAGUGAAGACAAGGCUGCAAGUAGCUUCACACGAUGUUGUAGAGAGAAACGCGUUUUCUGUUGUAAAGGGCUUGUUAAAAGCAGAUGGGAUUUCUGGAUUAUAUAAAGGUUUUGGAACCGUAAUUAUCGGAGCAGUACCUGCAAGAAUUAUAUUCCUCACUGCAUUAGAGACAACGAAAAUUGCUGCUUUCAAGAUGUUGGAACCUUUGAAAUUAUCGGAGCCUUCACAGGCAGCUAUAGCAAACGGAGUUGCUGGCAUGCUGGGGUCUCUUUGCUCACAAGCUGUAUUUGUUCCCAUUGAUGUGGUUAGUCAAAGGUUGAUGGUGCAAGGGUAUUCUGGGCAUGCGGCUUAUAGUGGAGGAAGAGAUGUGGUUCGUAAUAUCAUUAAGUCUGACGGUAUUCGAGGAUUGUAUAGGGGAUUUGGGCUGUCAGUUAUGACAUAUUCACCUUCGAGUGCUGUUUGGUGGGCGAGUUAUGGUUCCAGUCAACGCGUAAUUUGGAGACUCCUAGAUCGAGAUGGGACAGCUUCAGACAAAGGGAAUGUUGUGCUGGUUCAAGCGGCUGGAGGGAUUAUUGCCGGUGCUACAGCAUCAUGCAUCACAACCCCAUUGGAUACCGUAAAAACUCGUCUGCAGGUGAUGGGGCAUGGAAAACGACCCAGUGCAAGGCAAGUGGUUACGAAACUUAUCGCUGAUGAAGGAUGGACUGGACUUUAUAGAGGCCUUGGCCCUCGUUUCGUCAGCACAUCUGCAUGGGGAACUUCUAUGAUUCUUGCUUACGAAUAUCUAAGUCAGUUCUUUUUUAUUUUUCACUCGAUCUUUUUUUCUGUCACUAAUCUUUACUAUUCUUGAUCUCUAAUAUCUAAUAUUCAGUGCUUGAUUGAUUAGCUUUACAUGUUACUAUAAUUUGUGGCGCUCUUUAAUUUGAACAUUGAAGAUUUUUCUUCGACUGUUUUCAUGUACUUUGGCAGGCUGAAUUUUGUUCCUAGUUUUAGUUCAUGGUACUAAUUUUUUUCCCCUACCGAAUAUGCAGAGCGCCUAUGUCAAACAGAGGAAUAAACUUGGCAACAAUGGCGAAUUGAGAUUGUAUAUUUUGGUAGGUGACGAGAUUUAUCUUAGAGCAAUCCAUUACAGAAAUAAUACAGUACUGCUAGAAACUGUUCGCUUUGCAUGCGAACACGAUAACAGGAAAACCGACCGUUUGUUUACGGGUUCGGAAAAAAAUCAGCGUAAUUGGCAGUUGAAUAACUCUGCCUAUUUACGAUAAAUAUUGUUGCCAUAAUUCUUUUUCGGUGGAUCGAUAUAUUCAUUCUUUAGUUUCGAACAAUCGAAAAAUGUUAAUGGAUUUAGUUUGUUUAUGUGAUAGAGAACCCAUUUCUC